UUUCUAUGAAUACAAAAUGGUUUCGAUUCCCGCCAAAUAUUUUGUUAAAUUUUCGAUGAAUUUUUGUUGAGAAUUUGUUAAAAUAAAAGUGAAGGAUGCACAUAAAGAGGGUUAGCAUCCAGGGGUUUCGUAGCUACCGCGAAUCAACGGAGAUCGAACCUUUUAGUUCAAGACAUAACAUAAUUGUCGGUCGGAACGGUUCUGGGAAAAGUAAUUUCUUCUGUGCGAUCCAGUUUGUUCUCAGCGACGAAUACAACAACUUACGCGCAGAACAACGACAACAGUUACUUCACGAGGGCACGGGUACGCGGGUCAUAUCGGCGUGCGUGGAAAUUAUUUUCGAAAAUUCAGACAACAGAUUGCCGAUCGACAAAGAUGAAGUUACGUUACGUCGCGUCAUCGGAUCGAAGAAAGAUCAGUAUUUCCUCGAUAAAAAGAUGGUUACGAAGAACGACGUUCUUAACUUGUUGGAAUCGGCCGGUUUUUCCCGAAGUAAUCCCUAUUAUAUUGUUAAGCAGGGGAAGAUCAACCAAAUGGCAACGGCACCCGAUUCGUAUCGACUACAUUUACUUCGGGAAGUGGCCGGGACGAGGGUUUAUGAUGAGAGGAAAAAAGAAAGUGAAGUUUUGAUGAAGGAAUCCGAGAUGAAAAACGCAAAGAUCCAGGAAUUGUUAACGAUGAUUGAAGAUCGACUCGCGACGUUGAAAGACGAGAAAGAAGAGUUGGCCCAGUACCAGAAGUGGGACAAGACACGACGAGGGUUGGAAUAUACGAUACAUAAUCAAGAGUUGAAUGAAACGAGAGGAAAAAUUGAUCUGUUAUCGAACAAGCGUGAGAAUAACUCUCAACAAACGAAACACUUACGUGCCCAACAAGAAGAGGCGCAACGUAGAACGAAGGAAUUCCAAAAGAAAUUAUUGACGACAAACGCGAGGAUAAGACAACUAACAGAGGAAAAAGAACAAUCGGCAUCGGAUCGUCAGGAACUUAUCAAGAAAAAGGCACAACUUGAGUUAUCGAGCAACGACCUCGCUGAGGAACUCGACUCCGACGAAAGGUCAAUGGGUCAAGCAAGGUCGGAGUUAUCCGGACUUCGGGAGAAAAUAUUGAAGAAGACGGAAGAAAAAGAAGAAAUUAUUCCGAGGUUUGAGGCGGUGGAAGGAAAGGAGAAGGAGCUGGAACGAAGGUUAAAAAUAUCGGAACAACGUCGCAAGGAAUUGUACGCGAAGCAAGGGCGGGGAAACCAGUUCAGUAAUCGUGAGGAACGCGACGAUUGGAUAACGAGGGAGUUAAAGACGUUGGAACGAACAAUACGCGAUAAAGAAACGCAAAUCAUGAACUUACGUGAAGAUAUAAGGGAGAGCAAACAAACCGAAUGUGAAUUGGAGGGGGCGAUAUCGGAAAAGACAGUCGGGAUCCAGGAACAUAAAUCUACGAUGGAUUCGUUGAGCCGUGACUCGCUUAAUUUGAAACGGCAUAAAGAUGAACUACAAAGUCAACGCCAACGGUUGUGGAGAACUGAAACAUCGAUCCAGCAAGAAUUAGACUCGAUAACGAGCGAGAUUAAAGCGAAGGAACACACCCUCAACUCCCUGAUAGGAAAGGCAGCGGUGCACGGAACCGAAAGUUUGAAGAAAGUUCGUGAAAGUUUCCGACAAGCGGGGAACAUGGAGCUGGUGGAGGGCUACAAGGGGAUGCUUAUCGAGAACUUUCAAUGCUCGCCAAACUUCUUCACAUGCGUUGAGGUAACAGCAGGGGGAAAGUUAUACAAUCAUAUUGUUACGACCGAUAGAAUCGGAACAAAAUAUUUGAACGAGAUGAACAAAGCAAAGUUGCCCGGGGAGGUUACGUUCCUACCGCUUAAUAAACUGGAGGUACGUGAUGUGAGUUACCCCCAAACAGCGGACGCGAUACCGAUGAUAACUAAGAUGCAAUACGACGAUGUGGACAACGAGGCAGCAAUGAAAUAUGUGUUCGGCAAAACAUUGAUUUGUCGUUCUAUGGAAGUUUCCACGCAACUUGCGAGGGCUCAUCAACUCGACUGUGUUACGCUGGAGGGUGACCAAGUAUCACGACGAGGAGCGUUGACGGGAGGUUACGUCGAUAAUCGGAAAUCUCGACUUGAACUUCACGCGUCUAAACAAAGUUUGUUGGAACAACUGAAAGUUAAGGAGAAAGAAUUGUUGUCGAAUAAAGAACACCAGCAGCAGCUGGAGGUGGAAAGCACUGGUGUGAUGGACGAAUUACAAAAGCAAGAAACAAGGAACAAACAGAACAAGGAUGUUUUUGAUAAAUUGAAGGGAGAUCUUCGUAUUUUGAAGGAGAAGUUGCAAGCGAUGCAUCGGGCGCUGGAACCCAAGGAAAGAUCGUUAGCGAGCUUACAAAGUCAUUGUGAAGCUCUAAAGUCGACCAAGUUGUCGUUAGAAGAGGAAAUGGGUACGGACUUGUUGUCGCAAUUAUCCAGUGAUGACCAGGGGGAAGUUGAUCGACUUAAUGAUGAAAUUAAACUGUUAACGAGCGAACACAAAGAAAUGGUCCAACAACGAGUUCGACUCGAAAGUAAAAAGACGAGUCUCGUCAAUUUGUUGGAGGAUAACUUGAUUCGGAGACGAGACCAACUUAUACAGGAGAUGCAAGAAUUAUCGGUCGACGUUCGACAACAAAAGUUGAUUCAGUUUCGAAACGAUCAACGGAUCACCGAGGAACAAUUAGAGAUUAUUGACGGAAGGCUCAAAGAACUUGAGGAGGAAAUGAUAAGUUUGGAGAAAGAGGAGAAUUUGUUGACAACGAAAGUUGAGGAGCAUCGGGUGAAGGAACGAGAGUGGAGGGAGAGAAUAUCGGACGAUGCUCGGGAGUUGGAAAAAGCUACGAAUAAACAAAGUUUGUUGAUCAAGAGACGAGAGGAUUGCGUUCGUAAGAUAAGGGACCUCGGAUCGGUUCCUCAAGAUGCUUUUGAUAAAUACCAAGGGUGUAAUCAUAGACAGUUGAUGAAGAAAUUGGAAGAAUGCAACCACGAGUUAAAGAAAUAUUCGCACGUAAACAAGAAAGCUUUGGAUCAGUUUGUUUCGUUCUCCGAGGAAAAAGAAAGAUUAUUAUCGAGGAAAGAUGAAAUUGAUAGAGGCAAGGAAGCGAUCGUCCACUUGAUGGAACAUUUGGAGCACGAGAAAUAUGAGGCCAUCCAGUUCACAUUUAGACAGGUGUCCAAGAACUUUAGCGAGGUGUUCGUAAAGUUGGUGCCGGGGGGAAAAGCUACUUUAAUAAUGAGACGAGGUGAUGCAACGCAAGACACUUCAACGCAAUCAUCGGAACAAUCAGCGUCCAUUGUUGAUCAGUUUGUUGGGGUUGGAAUAAAGGUUUCAUUUUCCGGCAAAGCUGCUGAAACACGGGAGAUGCAACAAUUGUCAGGUGGUCAGAAAUCGUUGGUUGCGUUGGCAUUAAUAUUUGCAAUACAGAAAUGUGACCCGGCACCGUUUUAUUUAUUUGAUGAAAUCGAUCAAGCGCUUGAUCCCGACCACAGGUCAUCAGUGGCAAACAUGUUGCGCGAAUUAAGUUCAUCGGCUCAAUUUAUAACGACGACCUUUCGUCCGGAACUUCUCGAUUCGGCCGACAAGUUUUAUGGGGUUGUGUAUCGGAACAAGGUGGGUUAUAAUGCGGGGGUUGUAUCGGAACAAGGUGGGUUAUGAUGCGGGGG